UACUAGAGACAGACAGGAAGAAGUUGAUCGACCCUUGGGUUCGAAAGAGGCGUUUUUGAAAGCUACAUCAACAUAUCAAUCGCUUACUUUGAUUAUUUUUGGUGUUAAUGGCUUACAUCAUAUGCAUAAGGUUACUUAUCACUAAUAAAUAAAAAACCCCACCUCACUUCCAUUGGUGGCUCUCCCUCCAUUACAUUACAUUACACGUACGGUCAGGAUUCAAAACUCCUUCAUAAAGUAAAGUCACUUACUUGAGAUUGUGAUGCUAUAAAUAUUAGUUGAAUACACUCAAAGUCUCCAUGAGUUGGUGAGCUGAGAGAGAAAAAAAGAAGAAAAGAAAAAAAAAAAUGGUUGAAGGACAGGAAAUCAGAAAGGGUCCAUGGACAGAACAAGAAGACAUUCAGCUGAUAUGCUUUGUGGGCUUAUUUGGAGAUCGAAGAUGGGAUUUCAUUGCAAAAGUUUCAGGUUUGAAGGUGGCGGGAGACAGUUGAUAGGAUUGAAUAGAACAGGCAAAAGCUGUAGGCUGAGAUGGGUUAAUUAUCUUCAUCCUGGUCUUAAGAGAGGAAAGAUGACUACUCAAGAAGAAAGACUUGUGCUUGAACUUCACGCCAAAUGGGGAAACAGAUGGUCCAAAAUUGCUAGAAAAUUACCAGGUAGAACUGAUAAUGAAAUCAAGAACUACUGGAGAACCCAUAUGAGGAAAAAAGCACAAGAGAAAAGAAGGGGUUUAUCUGCAUCUUCUUCUUCAUCAUCGUCAUCAUCAUCAUCAUCAAUUUCUUCUUCAUCUUCUUCCUUCAACAACCCAGCAAAGGAAUUUCCUGCAGAUACAGGACCAGUGAAGUUUUUUGAUUCAGGUGGGUCUGAAAUAUCAGCUUCAUCUUCAACAAAGAAGAAGAUUGAAGAGAACAAAGAAGUGGGUGGUGAUCAAAAUGGAUACACCAUGGAUGAUAUAUGGAAAGAUAUUGAGGUAUCAAAUCAUGAGAGUUUGAUUAUGAAUCAAGAUGUGUAUAGUGAAGACAAUAACUUUUCUUGUCCUGCUUUGAAUUCUGCUGCUUCUUCAUGGGAGGAUUAUUGCUGUGGGGAUUCACUGUGGAAGAUGGAGGAAGAAGAAAGCAAGCUAAUAUUCUCUGGGUGGCCAUGUCUUGGCUUAGCUCAGCCUAAUCAGAAUUUUUUCUAUUGAAUUUUGUGUAUAAAUAUGUAGUGAUUACUUCUGUUGUCGUCUAAGUUCACUAAUGCAUUUGUAAGUUAAUGUGCUUUUUUAGCUGUGUUUUUGUUCAUACAAACUAAGUUAAAGAAUAAUGGAAAGUGAUGGAUUUAGAUCCAUUUUUCUACUUCUGUGAUGUGAUUAAGUUUUGAAUAAAAACUUUUGAUGGCUGUU